AUGAUCAAUGAUGGCAAUAGCUUGAAACGGAGGCCCGACUCCUACAAUGUUAACGGCUCCAAGAAUAAAAGCUCUGAGAACGGUACAGCGGUCUCGAUUUCUGGCCGAAAACCUCGAUCAGCAAAGUCCGACGGAUUGAUUGCGGCCGCGGCGCAUGCUACUGUGCCUGACUGGGCUAACAUGACCCUGAUGAUCUCACUCAUAUUCGGAGGCUGCUGUGCAAAUGUGUUCACUCUCGAGGCUAUUAUCAAAGAACAAUCCACCUUGGGUCCUUUAAUCACCUUCGCACAAUUCGUCCUAUGUGCUUUAUUCACCCUUCCGCAUUUUCUCUCCUUAUCUGCGGGGCCUCGAAAUCUGUUCUUGAAUCCUCGGGCGAUCCCACUCCAAUCAUGGUUGAUAUACACCGCGUUUUUCAUCUCAGUCAACAUGUUGAACAAUUGGGCCUUUGCGUAUAAAAUCUCUGUGCCUCUUCACAUUAUCAUCCGGUCCGGUGGCCCCGUCGCCUCCAUGGUUGUCGGGUAUAUAUUCAAUAACAAAACCUAUUCUAGCGGCCAGAUACUUGCUGUGGUCAUGCUGACAGCAGGAGUGGUGGCCGCCGCUCUGGCCGAUGCACAGGCCAAAGGUCAGAAUGUGGAGUUGACAUCCGAGUCAGACGCAGCCGCCAUGACUACCACCAUUGGAUUCACCAUUCUUGCCUUGGCAAUGGUUCUGUCGGCCUUUCAGGGCAUCUAUGCUGACAGACUGUACGCGACCUAUGGUCGUGAUCAUUGGAAGGAGGCCUUGUUCUACUCGCACACCCUUUCCCUACCCCUGUUCUUGACUAGCUUUUCGCAGCUCUCGUCACAGUGGAAAGUGGUAUCUUCCACACCAUCGUUGCUCUCCAAAAUAGUAGAUGUAUCAGCCCCUCCUUUGUCUGGAUCCCCCCUCUCGAUGUUUUCGACGGCCGUUCAGAAUAAUGCCUCAAUCCAGUCACUGCUGGAACAUGUUCCGGUUCAAGUGGCUUACUUGGUUAUGAAUGCGUUGACACAGUAUCUGUGCAUCCGGGGUGUGCAUCUUUUGUCGGCCAAGUCCUCCUCGUUAACGGUGACUGUGGUGCUCAACAUUCGCAAGCUUGUGUCACUCCUGCUUUCGAUCUACCUGUUCGGAAAUCAUCUAGGCUCCGGGGUUUUGGCAGGCGCUAUUUUGGUCUUUUUGGGUGGUGGGCUGUAUGGAUUUGAAGGGACGAGACUGAGAAAAGUGGCUACAAAGAAAGUUCAAUGA